AUGUUGGAAGGUCUUGUCUCUCCAGAAAGCUUGUCCUUAAGCUACGCGGACAUGUCUGUACCUGAAAGGCUUAAAUGGCUGCAACAACUUCAACAACAAGAAGUUUUGUCUCAGAGCAGUAAUGAUUCACCUGAACUUCUUCAGAUACUUCAGUUCCAUGGAAGCAACAAUGAUGAGUUGUUGCAGAGUACCUUCAGCCAUUUUCAAAUGCUUGGAUCUGGUUUUGGAACAAACUAUAACAUGGGUUUUGGUCCUUCACAUGAAGCUAUGGAUGGCUGCAUUUCAAGAACAGGUAGUUGCCAGAUAGAUCCAGCUGAUACGAUGGGGGUUAUGUUGAAGAACAGUGAAGAAAACAGAGCUAUUUCCUUGAAAACCAAGAGAAAAUCAGAGGUCAAGACAAGGGAACAGGAAAAGACAGAGAAGAAGAUCAAAGUAGAGGCUGAGACAGAGUCAAACAUGAAAGGAAAAUCGAACAUGAGUAAUAAGGAAGCAUAUUCAGACACUUUAAAGGAGACAUCAAAGGGAGCUUCAGAGAUCCAAAAAUUGGAUUAUAUCCACGUGAGAGCUCGUCGAGGGCAAGCUACAGACAGACACAGUUUAGCAGAAAGGGCAAGAAGAGAAAAGAUCAGUAAGAAGAUGAAAUAUCUGCAAGAUCUUGUCCCUGGAUGCAACCAAGUCACUGGAAAAGCUGGUACGCUUGAUGAGAUCAUCAAUUAUGUUCAAUCUCUCCAGAGACAAGUUGAGUUCUUGUCCAUGAAACUCGCUGUCCUAAACCCAGAACUCGACCUUUCUGUAGAAGAUUUAUCUGUAAAACAGUUUCAGGCUUACUCUUCAAAUCUUCCAGUAAUAGUUGCUUCAAAGCCAUUAAUAAUGGUUGAUGUACCAUUGUUUCCUCUAGAUCAGCAAGGAUCUCUAGAUUUAUCAGUGAUAAACCUGAACCAAACAACAACUAUAGAAGCUGUAAGGUUUUAUCACUCUGAAAACUUCUCUGAUUAUUCCAAGUUCUUGUUACUUGUCUGGGAAGUAACAUGUCUCUUAUAUCUCUUUGCCUCAGCCAUCUACAAGCUGGGAAACUCAGUCACAUAG